AUGAAAUUACACAAAUGGUGUACUAGUUUUGAUUCAAAAGACACAGAAUUGGGAGACUUUUCGUUUGAUCGUAACAGUAAUGCAGCAGUGAAGACUUUAGGGACUCUAUGGAAUAACAAAAGGGAUACAUUUCUCUACAAGGUUGCAGUUACGGAAAAAUCAGGUGUUGCUAAAAGAGAUGUUUUAUCUCAAAUUGCUCGUUUGUAUGAUCCUCUUGGUCUACUUGGUCCAGUCAUCAGCAAAGCGAAGACUUUUAUGCAACGGCUUUGGUUGCACAAGCUAUACUGGAACGAAAAAUUACCAUCCCCUAUUGCCCAAGAAUGGACUUUGUUCAUUAAAGCACUUCAUAGUAUAGAAACUAUUCAAGUACCUAGUUGCGUUUUGAAGGAGACAUUUUCCGCACUUAUUCUGCAUAGUUUUGCAGACGCCUCAGAAAAAGCAUUUGGAGCUGUAAUUUACUUACAGACAGUUGCAGAUCCUGAUGAAUCUUUCAGGGAGAUUCUUUGCAGCAAGCCACGUGUAGCACCAAUCAAGACUAUGACUAUUCCUGUAUUGGAACUGUCUGCAAGUCUACUCCUUUCAAAACUUGUGAAAAAGGUUUUAGAGGCUAUGAAGCUUAAAUUUGAUCAUAUCAAACUCUGGUCAGAUUCAACUAUUGCGUUAGCGUGGAUUAAUACUUCGCCUCAUCUUUUAAAAACCUUUGUGAGUAAUAGAGUCUCACAAAUUCGACAACUUACGUCUAAUUGUAAUUGGGGACACGUAUAUUCAGAAAUGAACCCUGCAGAUAUCAUUUCCAGAGGCUCAGAUGCUACGACCCUUGGAUCUUUAGAGGUUUCAAGGUGUAAUUUUAUUUCCUCUAAUCACUAA